AAAUCUUGUAAAAUUUAUUAAAUCAAUUGUUAUGGCGACGUCUUCUCGGAUAAUUAGCUUGUGUUCAAUGCUGUGUUCUGUGCUGUAGCAUGAUAAAAAUUAAAUGCAGAUUACAUGUGAGGGAAGAAAAUUACUUGAGUGACAACAACAUAUUUUUCGGAAGAGCUUAGUCUAAUAAGUGAAUUCUAGUGAAUGUGUCUACACUACAACAGCGUAAAUCGAGAAUUCUCAUCAGAACAAAAUAACACAGAGACCACCAGUGGAUUGGAUAAGCAUCAUAAAAGUGAAGUUUUAUAUUGCAUAUAGAUAGAGACUGCAUUACGCUUGCAUGCGUAGUUUUUGCUGACGAUAAUCUGCUCCUACAAAAAAGGUCAUCGCGUAGGUGUCUUUGUUUACAUCGAUUGGAAGAUUGGUGAGCGGAGUACGAAAUAGGGAUAGCCCGAGCUAGCCGAGCUACGAGUAUAGCCUUGGCUGGUUACUCAUUGUGCAACCGUCGGAUAGUUGUAUGCAGAGGCAGCACAGCUCCUAACUCUAUCGAUGAGCCAUAAAUUGAUGUAACAAUUUUCAUAUUUCUGGACUGGUGAUAGCAUACCUUUUGCGUAAUGGGAAACGUAGUGAACAAAAUAUCCAGCCCCAUACAGGCGAUGCGGGGCAAGAAGCGCAAACGGGACGAUGAUGAUUCGGAUAGCAAUGAGGAUAAUAGCGAGCUACUGGACAAAUCAUUGGCAACACCCAAAAGGAAAAAGUUGAUCUCAACAGCAAAGUACAUUUACCAGGCGCUAUUUAAGGAGGAGCGCAACUCGGACAUCACCGUGCACGCUCUGGGCAAGGUGUGGCAUCUGCACAAGGUGUACCUUAGCCAGAGUCCGUACUUCGCUAGUAUGUUCAACGGUUCUUGGCGGGAAGCCGAUGAGGACUAUGUUCACAUCGAGAUAAUUGAUCCGAAGGUUACCAUUGAGUCGCUGUACUCGGUUUUUGGGUCGCUUUAUAUGGAUGAGGUGGUGCUAGAACCGCGGGAAAUCGUUUCCAUUUUAGCUACGGCAACACUUUUCCAACUGGAUAGUUUGAUUGAUCGGUGUGCUGAAGUAAUGAUCGAAACUACCAACGCUGAGACUGCAGUCAAGUACUACGAAGCAGCAUGCGAGUAUGGGGUGAAAAGCGUCAAACAAUCCACCUUCAACUGGUUGCUGGUAAAUCUGCUCAGUUUGUACUACAAAACGGGCAAAUGGUUGCGGUUGAUUAGCAUCGAUUUGAUGGAGCUGUUGGUUGCCAGUCCCGACCUGUAUGUUAUGCAAACGGAGUUGUCACUCUACACACUUUUAAGGUUCUGGAUGUUUUUGAAGCUUAACGCUACGAGUGAAGCCGACUGUGAGAAAAUUUCGUCUUCCGACGAACAAAUGCAGUAUUUCGCACAAAGACAGAGUGCGGUGGCAUUUUUGAAUACACCGAAAGGAAAACCAUAUGAAAACUGCUUCCGUGCGUUGAGAUUGCACAAUCUGUUGAACCAUCACGUAGAUAUUAAGGUACUGAAACAGGACAACAUCAUUCCAUGGGAUUGGUUGAACGAACCAUUGUUUCAACAGUGGAAUAGUAUGUUACUUAUUGAUCAAUCACUGGACAAAGGUCCGAAGGAGGUGGACGAUAAGUUGUUCCUCGAAACCUGCAUACGCUGUGGCAGAACGUUGCCCGAAAACGAGUAUCUCAAGUGGCGUUGGACCGGAUUCAACUUCGGUUUAGAUCUUAUCCUAAUAUCGGAUACGAAAACGUUACGAGUAAAGCGACACCAUCGGACGGAAAACGAGCGACUGUUAAGUCUGCAAGUGAAGCGCCAAUUUCUUAUCAGGGUAUCGGUUGCUUCCCUAAAUGAACUGCGGCAAAUAAAACAUCAGCAAACAUCACCCAUCGAGACGAUUGCGCUGGAUAAGAACGAAGAGGCCAUGCUGAUUAUGUUUGAUAAGGAACUUACCUAUCCACUGUUGAUAUCAGUCAAUAUGCUAGUUGUGUCGCCCCCUCGAAGAAACGUCACCCCCGCUAUUAUUGCUUCACCAACGGCUGGUCCGUCAAAUUCCGAUAGACAGCAACAGUCCAAGCAGUCUCGAGACGCGAUUAGUGAUGAGGAAUCACUGGAUGCAAGCGGAAACAAUACAGCAGUAGACUCUUGAUUGCAAUCGAUUGUUUAGUGGGCCAAGGAAUCUGAUCCUGCGGAAAACAUUCGAUAAUGUUUAAUUAUUCAGAACACCUUCGUCUCCGUUAGUAUCAGCUGAUGGUUGUUUGGGGCCGGCACGAGGCAUUUUCCUUAUCGGUCAUCGCAGCGCACUCAGAUAAUGCCGUUCGCUCGUAGCUAUUUAUCAUUUCGUAAGAAGAUAGGAACCCAGUGAUAUAAAACCAUGUGAGAACAUAGUAUAUUGGACAAUCCGCAAUCCAUUCUGCUGAAGUGCAUUUCAAUACGCGCUUAUAAUUCUAAUCCACCGGUUAAAUGCCGAAAAAACAAAUGCCGAUUCGAUGUGCCAUUUUGGGCUAAGCCAAUGCCGCUUUCUUCCAGCGUCUUAUAUAACCGGUUGAAAUGUUUGUUUAGUUGUUUGAGUUUAAAGGGCUAUUUUGUGGCCACUCUUUGAGCAUGCUGGAAGUAACGAAAUUUUGUAUGAAAUUUUCUACCAUACAGUUCUUAUUUUAUAGUUACAACCAUUCGAUGUAAUGAUUAGGCACGUUUCAAUAUUUAAAUCUUUGAAGGUAAGAUAGCCUUGUGGGCAAAUAUUUUCCAAUAAAUUCAAUAAACCAUAGUAAUUUGUAAGCUCUGCAAUUAAUUGGUCUUUAUUAAUAAUUAUUAUAAUUUGAAUUUAUUUCUUAUUGUUGCAUCAAUCUCGCUUAGGUGAUGUAAUUAAAAGUUAGAAAACAGUAACAGAUUCGAUAUUUAGAACGUACUGCUUUAUAAUUUAUUUCUCAUACGUAUCACACUUAGCGAUGUGUAGAAUUCAUUCUUGUACUAAAAUGCUCACAGGCACAGCACGUACUUGUUCAGUUCCUUAUAUUAACGCUCGCUGAUGAAGCGGUAUAAACUACAUUGAAAUCAUGGGAGCGAAAAUUUAAUCAAAAUACAGAUACAACGCAGAUUAAUCCUUCUACUCCACCAGCAGAUAAAUAUUUACAAUUCUCGAUUCAGCUGGGCAAGUAUAGAAAACUAAUCAAAACAAAUUAAAGUCUCUUAGUCGAGAACCGCACACAAGUCUCACUGAUCGAUGAAAACAGUUAUAUAUAGUUAUGUAUUAAGUGUAAAACAAUUAAGUUGACCUAAAAUGUUCACUUUAAUUUUAGUUGAACUUAACUAUAGAGAACUGAUGUUUAACAUACUCUAUGUUAACUUUUCUAAUGUUUUCUGUAAAAACAAUAACCCUUGUGUAUAAAUAAAAUCAAGUCCAUAAUAUUUUUGUACUUCCAUUUUUUUA